AUGGCGGACGAAGACUAUGAUGACAUGGACAUGGGGUACGAGGAUGAGCCACCAGAACAACAAAUUGAGGAAGGCGCAGAGGAGGAUCUGGAAAACAACAAAACCGACGAUUUAACUGGAGAUUCUAUUGACAUUGAGGAUAAGGAAGAGGGACAACCAGAUGAGCGUUCAAGAAAGACCUCGAAGUAUAUGACUAAGUAUGAACGAGCUAGGAUUUUGGGUACCCGUGCACUUCAAAUCAGUAUGAAUGCACCUGUCAUGGUUGAGUUAGAGGGUGAAACUGAUCCACUUGAGAUUGCUAUGAAGGAGCUUCGAGAGCAGAAAAUACCCUUUACAAUCCGGCGCUACUUGCCAGAUGGAAGCUACGAGGAUUGGGGGGUUGAUGAACUGAUUGUGGAAGACUCCUGGAAGAGGCAAGUGGGUGGUGAUUAA